CUUACACAGAAAUGGAGUUUGAAUUCCAUAUGAGGGAGCUAGACAACUUGGAUAAGCGCAUAAGACCGUACCUGGAGAAAAUUGGCCAUGAAAAAUGGUCAAGGUAUCAUUCAGAAAACAACAGGUACUCUACCAUGACAUCAAACAUAGCUGAGGCACUGAACUCAGCAAAUUUAGCAGCAAGGGAAACACCAGUGACAACAUUAAUGGAGUGCUUGAGGGCACAAAUGCAAGAGUGGACAUACAAUAAUAGAAAGGAGGCACAAAAAUGCACAACAAGGCUGACACCAUCAUCUGAGAAAAAACUCAUAGGGAACUAUGUACAGUCAUUGCGACUAACAGUGAAACCAGCAAACCAGAACCUGUUUGAGGUGAUAGAUGAAGACAGAACAAGAAUAGUAAACUUGAAGGAGAAGACGUGCACAUGCAAUAGAUUUCAAAAAGAUGAAAUGCCAUGUAACCAUGCAGUCGCCGUCAUGAAGGACUUGAACAUAAACACAUACAACUACUGUGCACAAUACUACACAUCAAAAGCAUGGCUGCAAACAUAUGAAGAAACAGUAUACCCAGUUGGAAACGUAAGAGAAUGGGAACUUCCAGAUUUUUUUGAAGAAAUCAUAGUGUUGCCUCCAAAGGAGAGAAUCAAGUCUGGAAGGCCGAGGAAAAGAAGAAUGGCAGCAGCUUGGGAAACAAAGAAACAAAACAAGUGUGGCAAGUGUGGACAAAAGGGACAUAACAAAAAGACACAAGAAGAAUUACAGCAUAGAAGUCGAAACAACUACACAUCAACCAAAAAGCAACUAUAUUAAAACAUUUAGAAAACACAUACUGCAUAUUACGAUUGGUUGUUACAUACAUUUUUUUAUUGUGAUUUUUUAUGUGGAGAGAUAUUGAUAAUAGGAAAUUGGUAUUAUUAUCAUUAAUAUACAAAAGAACAUCAAAUAUUAUAGAUAACUAAUUAAAUGAGUGGAAGAAGGUUGAAAUUAAUAAGAAGGAAAAAUAAACUACAUAAAGUGAUUACAAAUGCAAUUUAGUUGUUUAUCAGAUGGUUGUAAUAAGGUUGUUAAUAGUAUGCUGUCAUGAGUAAGAGUAAAUAUAAAGAUUAAAAAUCCAAAAAUAUGAACAAAUUAAAAACCAAUUCCAAUUAAGAAAAAAACAUGAUAGAAACAACAACUUGUCUAUGAUUAUGAACAUAAUCUGGUAAUAGAAAAAACAAAAGCUACAUAAAAAAAAAGUAGUAUUUCCAACAACAACCAAUAGAUAACUAAGACAAAUUCUUCUUUGGACCCUUUGGAGGAGCCUCAUCUUCACUAUCAAUAAAUUCCACUUCUUUCAUGCGAGCAUACUUAUAGAACAACACAGCAAGCCUAUCACGGUGUUUCUCAACAUCAAAUAUGGGAGGAAUCGGUUUCAUAUCAAUAAAGUAUUCGGCGAACGAUGCAACGAAACAACCACAGUCACUGCAAAACAACCAAAAAACAACAGCAGAAAAACUUAGAAAAGGAAAAUAACAUUACAAAUUUUAAAAACAUUUGAAAAUAAAAAAUAAAAACAACUUACUUAGAGGUUUGUUGAGGCAAACCAUCAACCUUAACAACUUCGAAAGGGUCUAAACAAAUCGGUUUGUUUUCCUUUUUGAACUCAUCAAACAAAGCAAAAAAGUGGGGCAACAACACCGCAAAUGGCUGACAAGCUUUGAUAGCAGCACUAUCUUUCAUAGCAGUCGACAAGGAGUUGUACAUGUACACACGCCUUUCCUCAAUAUUCAAUCGACCAAGAAUCCAAUGUGAUUCAGUCUCCAUAUGGAUGAUAAAGAAAACAUGAUCGCACAAAUGCCAA